CCUCAUUUCUGUCAGCGAUCGUCUCUCGGGGGUGAAAUGGAGCACUGAGGGAGGCAGGAGAGAUGACAGAGAGGAGAAAAUGGCAAUGACAGUUUGUAGGACAGGCAUUUUCUUGGAGGUGGGAAUGUAAAGGUGACGGAAGACAACAUGAACGGAGAGACAUAGGCAGAGAGAGAUCGAAGAGCCAAAAGAAAUUAAGAAAUCAGGAGGUGACAAGGAAAGGAGUUACAGGAGAGAAAGAAAUACAGACAACAAUAGGUUGAUCUGUCACCAUGACAACAGAAGUGGGCUCUGAGACAGAGGUGAAGGAGAAAGCAGAGGAGUCGGCUGAUCAGCCGGACCAAUCGGAGAAGGCAACAGAAGAAACCCGGGAAGUAGCGAGCGCGGAGGGAGAGGAGAAGGGCAAAGAGAAAGAGAAGGAGGGAAAGGGAAUAUCUAAAUUCCUGCCAACAUGGCUUAAAAAGCAGAAAUCUCUAAGUCAGACUUCUCCAACCAAGGACACGGCACUCAAAGAGGAAGCCAUUAGUGUGGAGAAGCAGGAAGAGGAGGGGCCUGCCCCAGAAGUGAACGGUCUCGCAGAUGAAGUGCCAGAGAAGGAGGCAGUGAAGUCGGAGCAAUUGAAGGAAAAAGAAGAAAAACCUCAUUCCAAAGCCAGCACAGACACUGAGCCUGCCAAGGAAGAGAAGGUGGAUGAGAGUGUUGAGAAAAGUCCUGAAGAGACCAAAGAGACAACAGAGGGACAAGGAGUAGAGGAAGAGAAGAAGGAGCAGGAAGGAGAAGUGCAAGGUGAAGGGGAGGGAGGAGGAGGAGGAGGAGAAGAAGGCCAGACCUCCAUUUUCCAGUCUCCCCUUCGUCUGGUGAGGAAGACCAAGAUGAAACUGGUGGUAUGCCAUGUGACGCUACUGGAUGGGACAGACUUCUCCUGUGAGGUGGAGAAACGUGCUAAGGGCCAGUUCUUAUUCUUUAAGGUGUGUGAGCACCUUAAUCUGCUGGAAAAAGAUUACUUUGGACUGACAUACAAGGACAACCAUGAACAGACGAGCUGGUUGGAUCCCAUGAAGGAAAUCAAGAGGCAGAUCCGCAGUAACAACUGGCAGUUUGCAUUCAAUGUCAAGUUCUACCCUCCUGACCCUUCACUGCUCACUGAGGACAUUACCAGGUACCUGCUGUGUUUGCAGCUUCGUGAAGACGUGGCUUCUGGUCGGCUGCCUUGCUCGUUCGUCACUCAUGCUCUGCUGGGUUCAUACACAUUGCAGGCAGAAUUCGGUGACUAUGAACCCGAUCAACCUCGCCCUGUGGACUUCAUGAGCCAGCUGAAUUUCGCGCCCAGUCAGAACAAAGAGAUGGAGGAGAAGAUACUUGAACUCCACAAGUCUCACAGGGGAAUGACACCAGCUCAGGCUGACGCACAGUUUUUAGAAAAUGCCAAGAAACUGUCCAUGUAUGGAGUAGACCUGCACCAUGCUAAGGAUUCUGAGGGUGUGGACAUCAUGCUAGGUGUGUGUGCCAAUGGACUCCUGGUUUACAAAGACAGACUCCGGAUAAAUCGCUUCGCUUGGCCCAAAAUACUCAAGAUUUCAUACAAGAGGAACAACUUCUACAUUAAGAUCAGACCAGGAGAGACGGAGCAGUUUGAGAGCACGGUGGGAUUCAAACUGCAGAACCAUCGAUCUGCCAAACGGCUGUGGAAAGUCUGCGUGGAGAAUCACAGUUUCUUCAGGUUAAAUACACCAGAGCCUCCAACCAAGCCCCGGUUCCUGACUCUGGGCUCCAAGUUCCGCUACAGCGGUCGAACCCAGGCCCAGACCCGCACGGCCAGCUCCCUCAUAGACCGACCAGCGCCCAGCUUUGAACGCACCUCAUCAAAGCGCAUCAGCCGCAGUCUGGAUGGAGCACCAAUGAUCAGCAUAACUGAGGCCGGCAGGGACUCGGCUGAGAACGGACGUGAACACCGCCUGGAUGACUCUAAGGUUAAGAUGGUGGACGUAAGCCCUGGUGACGUUGAAGCCACGUCCGCCCAGAGUCCAUUGAGAGUGCAUGUGGACAAUAUUUAUGUGAGGCACAGUAAUUUAAUGUUGGAGGACCAUGAUAAGACCCAAGACGAGGUGCUGAAACACCAAGCUAGCAUUAGCCAGCUAAAACGCUCCUUUAUGGAGGCGCCUCCUCCCUCUCCUCCUCAGACCAACCAGUGGGAGAAACGUCUCACCUCCUCCCCUGCUACAGCAGUGCGCGUUCAACAGCAACAAGUGGUGAGUGAGCCUCAUGCAGAAGCAGCAGCAGCAGCAGCACCAGCAGCAGCUGAUUGUACGAUCUCUGAUACCAAAGAAUCUGCAAAGACGGCCGAAGUUGAAAUAGAGGAAACCGUUGUCAUCCAAGAAGUUUCCAAAGCAACCAAACCUGGACUUGUCACGGUCACAACUGGCUCUCCUGCCAGCGCACCUACAGACCAGGAAACAAGAGAACAGGAAGUGACGGUUCAGGAGGAAGUGGCGGUACCAAAGGACGCUAAAGCGGCAAAGCAGGAGAGCGUUUCAUCUGAGAGUGAGAGCGAGGAAGAAGCAGAGUACCAUCCAAAUGUCUCUGUAUCCCUCUCUCAUACUCAAAUACCAGAGGAGAAAGAAGAAGAAGAAGAAGAAGAAGAAGAAGAGGAAGUGGAGGACAAAGAAAAUGAGGAUGAAACGGCAGAGCCGAACAUGUUAGCUCCAGAUGUUUCUUCCCAUCAAGCUGAAACCUCUCAUCCUGCAGAGGACAUCAGUGGCGGGGUAGUGGAGUCCCAGAAGGAGGACAUGAAGAAGAAUGCAGAGAAUGAAAAAGAAGGGAGAGAGACCGAGGACAGUACUGAUGAUCUGAUGAUGACACCUGAAGAAACUCCUAAUGGUGUCGCCCUGUCUGAGGAGGCUGUGACUGGGUUGGCGGCGCAUGUAGGGGAAGAGCCGGAGCCCAGAAUGAACGGCGAACCCAGGCCACAGGUUAUUUGUUGCUCUGAGCCUCCCGUGGUAAAGACAGAAAUGGUGACUAUAUCAGACACGUUUGCCGCCCAGAAAACUGAGAUAGCUACAAAAGAAGUGCCCAUCGUUCAUACGGAAACCAAGACCAUCACUUACGAAGCCGCACAGUUGGAUGGUACUGGCGACGGUGAGCCCGGAGUGUUGAUGACUGCUCAGACAAUCACCUCUGAAUCUCUGUGUACUACGACAACCACACACAUUACCAAGACGUUAAAGGGCGGCCUAUCGGAGACGAGGAUUGAGAAGCGCAUCGUCAUCACUGGCGACUGUGACAUUGACCACGACAAGGCAUUGGCCCAGGCCAUUAAGGAGGCCAAAGAGCAACAUCCUGACAUGUCUGUUACCAGAGUGGUGGUUCAUAAAGAAACAGAACUGGCUGAGGAGGAGGAGGAUUGACUGAAUUCAGAACUAAAGGGCCUGUCAUGACUGUUUUCUAUGUUAACAUGAACAACCUUCAUCACCCUUCGACAUCCAACCAUGACUGACUGAAGAGGAGGAGCUUAUGAACAGCAGGAGAGGAGAGAAGGUGCCAAUCUUUUCCCAGUCGGUCGCUCUCACAUGUCUCUGGUGCAACUAAAUCCCUCAUUCUGAAACCAAGUAAAAAGGAAAAAAUAAUAUCCUCACUCUGUCUGAGGGAACAAAAAAGAACCACUUUGUUAGCUUAACAUUUGUAGUGUGUUUUUAUUUUUUAAUAGUACCUUUUUUUUCAUUUUUGUUUUCUUUAACUGAUUGUUUUACAAAGAGAGAAUAGUGUGUCUUAUAUUGCAAAAAUAAAACUUUUAGGGAUGCACUGAUAGCCAGUUCUGGUGUGACAAAGCUAGAUCAUUAUAAUGAUUGUUUCACGGGUACUAAUUACCAGUAGUAACACUAUAAAAUGUUUAAUUUUUUUCCACAUGGAGGAAGGGCCACCUCAAAUACUGAAGGCUUUUAUCUUUCUCAUAACUUUUUGACACAAUUUGUCACUGAUAUUCUGCACUUGGAAUCUGAAUCAGCAGUGGGAAAGUGUUAUUGGUGCAUUCCUAAACAACAAAAACAAAAAAAAGUUAUUUGAUAAAUCGCAACUCCCUCCCUCAUUUCAAUAAGUGGAGAUUAUUAAAGUGUACCAUUUUUUUUCAGUAACAAAAAUGCCUUCAAGAAACAGGGAGAUACAACAUCAUUACAACCAGUAACCAGCUCUGUCCCAUGAUCAUGUAUUGUUAUUAAUCAUCACGACAGGAAAUAUGGAGCUGUAAAAAACUUUAAGAGCGAGUUCAAUUGAAACUGAAAAUGAACUCCGUACAGUAAACUUAAUGAACAGCUUUUAAUCCGCUGAAUGCUCUCCUGAGCCCGACCACUGUACAACACUGACCAUUCCUGUUGGGCGGCAGGUGAGCAAGGCAGCAGUAAACUGGCUUUUUAUUGGGAGAGAGGACCAGUGCACAGGAGGAUAACUGGGAGAACAUGGUGACAUUGUACAGUGUCUACAUGGUCGUUACAAAUCAUUUGAUGCAUGUUGGCUUCUUAUUAAAGCACGGCCGAGUCUCAUUUUCAUGUUAUUUUGCAUCUUGCGGUGGCUUAAAGCAGUUACAAUAAUUGUAGGAUGAUGUUGAACACACAAUAUGCAAUUUAAUUUACUCCAAAAAAAAAAAGGGUUGUGCUCAUACUGCCAGCACAGGUACAGGACGAGUGUCUGGAACAACUUGAUAUCAGUUCUGUCUCAAAUUCAGAAUAGUUGAAUGUUUACUUUGUUUGUUAACUCGGCAUCAGAACCUAUUUGUCGUCGUAGUACUUGAUUUCACGCUCCGGCUUCUUUUCGUAGCGAGCAAAUCUGCUAGACAUAAUGAGAAUCUGGAAAUAAAUCGACCAAUGUCGCCACGCGGUUCUUAUAUCUUUGAGCGAUGUUAGAUUGUGUUGAUUGGUUUGAGAGUGUGUAGUAAACAGGAUAGCUCUGCUCAUACGGGUUGUCUAGAUAAGAUUAUCUUUGCUCUGUUUUAACUGUUUUCACCGCAGCCACAUUGUUUCGUGUCACUUUCAAAGCUAAAAAUGUAUUGUCACACACACACACAAGCAGGAUUCUUAAUCUCUCACUGCAGACAGACGGACACUGUAACGGUUACAGCACAGCAGUAAAAUGCAGAUUAUAGUGAAUCAGAGGGUUCGAAGUUCAAGUUGAAACUCUCUGAAUAGAAUCCCAUUAUGUUUUAUUCAGUUUCUUUGUCCCUUUACUGCAAAUUUCUUGGAGUCUGGUGCAUUUAGUUGAUGCACAUUUUGCAGUUUGGGCAGCAAAAAAAAGACAUUCAGUAAAAUUCGAUCAAUUGUACUCAAAGAAGUGGUUCAGAUAAAGCUUUACAUGUUCCCUCUAAAUUGACAUAAUGGUAUUUUAUGGAAUAAUUCAUGUUUUGGUUUGUUUUUUAUGAAGAAAUGCUGUAAGUAGCAGGUCCCUCUUAAUUCUAAACAAUUUAAAGCUCUCUUCAUGGACCGAGGCACGUCCAGAUGAUGGAGUGGUAAUGACUGUCGUGGCUGAUCAACUGUAGUUUGACCUCUGCUUUGCAGUUAAGUGACAUUCCAGGUGAGAUGAGGGUGGAUUUAUAUCCCUCAACUCUGUUUAAAUAACAUAACGACAAAAGAAAACAAAACCCUGCAGUGCUAGGCAGCUUUGUAAGCUUGUGCUGUUUGUAGCUUUUCUCAGAAUUUGUCUCCUCUUCUGUGACACUGAUGUAGUCGUUGAAACGUGGCAUUUGUUGUGCUCCCUCUCGAAUAUUUAUCAACAUUGUCACCGUUUUUUUUUUCUGUCUGUUUCUCUGGACAUCAAAGAAGCAGCGUUACAAAUCAAAUGUUCUGCCACAAUUUUGCUCUUUUGCUUCUAGCCACAGAUGUAACUUUGUCAUAGUCUGGACUCACUUUAUUCCAGUUACUAGAGCUUUGGGGCAGCGGAGUCAGUUUUUCUGAAAUGUCUGUAGCUCUGUCUCGUUAAUUUUCUGUGAGAUUAUUGCAGGGAAAAAUAGAAUAACUUUUUAACAGGUUUAAAAAAGAAAAACACUUUGGAUUAUGGUAGGUUUUUAAUGGUUACUAUGGCAACUCCAUAAUGACACAUGGAGAGGAAACAUAACGCAGUGCCAGCCGAUUCACACAAUGUCAUGACCUUAAUUGGUGUACACUUUUUUUAAACUCAAGUUUGGACAGGUGAGACAGUGUGGGGUAAAUUAAAACCAGCAUCAUUUUGUAUUCUGACAGACUCACUUUCAACAAAAUAUUUAUAAAGGAAGAAACAUUUAUGGAAAACACCCCGCUCCCUCACUGCUCUCUCUCUCUUAGCACAACCAAGGAUCACUGUAAGGGUUUUCUUUGUAGCAGCUUAACUGUCUUGUGUCUCCCCCACACAGCCACUCCCCCCGUGUAACACUGUUUGAAUAAAGGAUUGUUAUACUCUG